UUCUAUAGAUUGCACGGUUGGCCCGCCGCACUCCGCCAGAUCUGCAUACAUGGUUCUGCUCUGGUUGCUCCGGAACUUUUGCAUUCGGCGUAUUGCACUACUUUCUAUUCAAAAGAUCCAUCCACAACUCUCAGUUGGCUCAAAUCCGCUAUACCAGCUCACUUGAAUUCAGGCAUAGUAAGAACUUUUAUUAGGGCCCCCCAUUUGCUCGCAUGAUCUUCAUUGGGCUAUUCGCCCUUAUCACACUCUUAUCCACCGUGAUAGCAGAUCAUCCAAUAAGGGCCAAAGGCGUUUGCUCCACGUAUGGAAACUGCGGCAAAAAGUCCAUUUUUGGCUCUCUGCUUCCAUGCGUCAAUAACACCCGGGCCGUGAAGCCAUCACAGGAAUCCAUGGACAUCUUGACCCGGGUGUGUGGCGCAGACUUCCCUGUAGAAAACGGUCUUUGUUGCUCCCACGAACAAUUGCUCAAUUUAGAGCUGAAUUUGAAGAAAGCAAGCCCCUUGAUUAGCUCAUGCCCUGCCUGCCAAAGAAACUUCUUUGAUUUUUUCUGCAAGUUUGCUUGCUCGGCAGACCAGUCCAUGUUCACUGAAAUCAUCCAGACACAACCCGCCAUUGACACGCAUUUGGAGGUCGUGACUGAAAUGACUGUCUACACAGACCCUGAUUACGCCGCUGCGUUUUUUGACUCAUGUAAAAACAUCAAGUUCUCUGCCACAAAUGGCUACGCUAUGGACUUGAUUGGCGGGGGUGCGUCAAACUACUCACAGUUCUUAAAAUUCUUGGGCGACGAAAAACCGCUUUUGGGUGGCCUGCCUUUUCAAAUCAAUUACCAGUAUGAAUUGACUGGAAACUCUGAGCUGGACUUGGAGUUGAGCUCGGGGAACAUGCGUGCAUGCGACGACGCUGUGUAUAGAUGUGCUUGUUCAGACUGUCCGCUGUCAUGUCCCACGCUUCCGGAAUUUCGUCGAUUCGAUCAAACGUGCAAAGUUUGGGGACAGCCAUGUUUUUCUUUGGCCAUUGGUGUGAUUUGGUUAGUCCUUUUCACACUUAUUGGCGCGUAUCAUGUUUAUCUAUCGCGGAGAAGCAAACAACAGUUCACAGACUUGAAUCUGACCUUGAACGAAAGCGAAGCAGAGCAAACCUUGGGAGAAGCUGAAGACAGAUCAGAAACAUCAAGCUCAAUCUUCAGUAACCGAGGUUUCACCUCUGGCUUUCUCGAUAAAAUAAGGAUUGGGUUUGAGAACUUAGCGCUUGUAUGCUCGUUUCAUCCGGUGAAAGUGAUACUGAUCUCGUUGCUUCUUGUGUUGUUCGCGUGCACUGGACUUCGCAAGAUAGAAUGGGAGUUGGAUCCCAUUCGGCUUUGGGUCAGUGAGGACGAGCCAGCAUUGAUUAACCGCCAGUAUUUCGAGGACAACUUCGGCGAAUGGUACCGAAUAGAACAGAUCAUCAUUAGCAAGGCCAACCUGUCUCAACCUGUGCUCGACUGGGAGACUGUACAGUGGUGGUUUGAAAAGGAGUUGGAACUUCAACUGCUUGAAGAUGAGCACAGCCAAGAAAUUGCUCUCGAAAGUUUAUGUUUCAAGCCUUUGGGGGAGACAUGUGCAAUCGAAUCGUUCACACAGUAUUUCCAGGGCCAAAUUCAGUAUCUUAGCAAAGAAAACUGGGCUCAGCAAUUAAGCUCGUGUGCAAAUUCACCUGUGAAUUGCUUGCCCACUUUCCAGCAGCCGUUGAAGCCCAACAUAUUGUUCUCCGAAGAGAACCCGUUGGACGCGAAGGCUUUUAUCAUCACUAUCCUUCUUAACAGCGACUCGAAAAACCAGAGCUACACAGCUAGGGCCGAGUUGUACGAGAAGGCACUUCAGAAAUGGAUCAAUGAGAUAAGAUUGGAACAACCUAAUCUUCAUAUCUCAUUCAGCACGGAGAUAUCUCUUGAGCAAGAGUUGAACCUGUCCUCCAACACAGAUAUGAAGAUUAUAGCAAUCUCAUAUCUAGUGAUGUUUUUGUAUGCUUCUGUGGCUCUCGGUGGGAAAAUCCCAAUAUCAUUGAACCUGAGAAAUUUUGUUUCCACAAGGUUUCAGCUUGGAUUGGCGGGGAUCAUGAUCAUAGUCUUGGCUGUUGCUGCAUCAGCUGGCAUCUGUGCACAGAUCGGGAUAAAGUCAACGCUCAUCAUAGCUGAGGUCAUCCCAUUUUUGGUAUUAGCAGUCGGCGUUGACAACAUUUUUUUAAUUGUGCAUGAGCUCAAGAUAAAUUCUGAGGUGCUGGUGGAUGAAUCACCGAGUCAGCGGCUUUCACUUGAGGGCCGAGUCUCUCGGACAAUGGGUAUCAUUGGACCAUCAUGUUUCUUGAGCUUUAUACUACAAGCUUCUAUGUUUUUGAUUGCGUCAACCGUCAAGAUGCCAGCAGUCCGAAACUUUGCUUUAUACUCCGCUGGUGCUAUCACGAUUAAUUUCACGCUUCAAAUGACGAUGUUUGUUCUGAUCUUGACAAUAGACCAGAGAAGAAUUGAGGACGGCAGAUUGGAUUUUGCUCCUUGGAUCCAUGCCGAUAGCCAAAUUUCUAUUCAGGCCGAUGAAAGAGGUCAUAUUGAGUAUGACUUUACUCUGUUCAUGAAAAACACAUAUGGCGCAUGGCUUUUGCAUGCCCCAAACAAGAGAAAGAUACUUACAAUCUUCUUAGUAUGGCUUGGGAUAUCUCUAAGCUUGCUCCCAAAUAUCGAGCUUGGCCUUGACCAACGCUUAGCCAUACCCUCUGACUCGUACUUGGUCGACUACUUCAACUCAGUUUAUGAGUAUUUAAAUGUUGGGCCACCAAUUUUCUUCAUUGUGAAGGACUUGAAUGUCACAGAGCGGGAAGGCCAACAAAAACUCUGUGGGAAGUACUCAACUUGCGACGAGUUUUCAAUAGCAAAUAUUCUCGAACAGGAAUACAAGCGUGGAAACUUGUCCUCAAUCGCGGAGCCAGCUUCAAACUGGUUGGAUACGUUCUUAAACUGGCUCAACCCUGACCUUGAUCAAUGCUGCCGAUUUAAGAAAACUGCCGUUGGAGAGGAGUUUUGCAGCCCAUACGCUUCUCCCCGACAGUGUGUAUCAUGCUAUGCUGACCAUCAACCACCUUACAACAUACUGAUGGAGGGGCUUCCCACUGGGGUUGAUUUUAUGAUGUACUUCAACCAAUGGAUCGAGGAACCAAGCGACCCAUGUCCACUUGGCGGAAAGGCACCUUAUGGGACAUCAGUGAGCUACGACAGUGAGACGAUAAAAAGCAGUUAUUUGCGCACAAGUCACAAACCAUUACGGUCUCAAAAUGACUUCAUUGUGGCAUACAAGAAUGCAUUGAGAAUCGUCGAUGAGAUACGUGAACAUUCUUCUUAUGACACAGAAUUGUUUGCAUUCUCGCCAUUUUAUGUCUUCUUCGUUCAGUAUGAAAACAUAGUGUGGCUCACAUUUGUUACUCUAGCUGCAGCAGAGCUUAUCAUUUGGAUAGUGAGUUCAAUUCUUUUGGGGCUGUUCAUAUCAGCCACUAUACUAACGCUCACAGUGGCAGCUGUAAUAUUGAACAUUGGAGGCAUAAUGGCAGUGUGGGGAAUAUCCCUUAACGCCGUGAGUUUAGUAAAUUUGGUCAUUUGUCUUGGGUUGGCGGUCGAAUUUACCGUGCACAUUUCAAAGGCAUAUUUGUCAGCGAGAGAUGAAACUGAAGAAGAGAAUACCUUCCACGGAGUUACAUUGGCAUCUAAGGCGCUAGGCAGAGUGGGUGGCUCAGUGCUUGGAGGAAUUACAAUGACCAAAUUGAUCGGAAUUGCUGUCCUUGCCUACACACAGUCUCAGAUAUUCGAAGUUUUCUACUUCCGAAUGUGGCUCUCGUUGGUGGUCGUGGCGUCUACGCAUGCGCUAGUGCUACUUCCCAUCUUGCUCAGCAUUUUUGGUGAGAAAUAA